AUGGAAGCUGAACUUCCCUUUGGUUCUCCCCGAAAGCGCCCUUCCUUUUUUGAGCCCAUUUUUAAGGAACUCGAAAAAAAGAUUGGAAAAUUAAAAAAGAAAUAUUUUAGAACUCUAAAAAUUGUAAAAGAAAAAACAAAAUUAUUUAUAAGAGUUUCAAAAGAAACCAAAAAAUGGCUUAUCAAAAGUAUUGGAUUUCUCAAAAAAAUAAAAAAAGAACUUUCAAGGGUAAAUGCAAUUGUAUUAGUUAGAUUCAAAGAAAUAUCUGAAUCGAAUGAAACGAAAAAAGAAAAAGAUUAUCUAAUUAGUAAUCAAAUAAUUAACGAAACAUUUAGUCAAAUCCAAUCUGAAAAUUGGCCAAAUUCUUCACUAAUAGAAACAAAAAUGAAGGAUUUGACUAAUAGAACAAGUACAAUAAAAAAUGAAAUAGAAAGAAUUACAAAAGAAAAAAAGAAAGUAACUCCAGAAAUAGACAUUAGACCUAAUAAAACAAAUAAUAUUAAAAAAUUCGAAUCGCCAAAUUUUUUUUUUCAAAUAUUAAAAAGCAGAAAUACUCGAGUAAUAUGGAAAUUCCAUUAUUUUCUAAAAUUAUUCAUUCAAAGAUUAUACAUCGAUCUAUUUUUAUCUAUCAUUAAUAUUCCUAGAAUUACUACACAACUCUUUCUUGAAUCAACAAACAAAUUGAUUGAGAAAUCCAUUUCCAAUAAUGAAAUAAAUCAAGAAAAAAUUAAUAAUAAUAAUAAUAAAAUUCACUUUAUAUUUAUUUCGACUCUAAAAAAGUCACUUUAUAAUAUUAGUAAUAAAAAUUCACAUAUUUUUUGUGAUUUAUCGUACUUGUCACAAGCAUAUGUAUUUUACAAAUUAUCACAAACCCAAGUUCUUAAUUUGUCUAAAUUUAGAUCUGUUCUUCAAUAUAACACAACUUCUUGUUUCCUUUAG